UUCGCGUCGGUUGUGGUACGUGUGACGGUCCAUGCUUGUUCAACUCUGGCUAUUCCACGUGUGAUUUGAGUGAUUUAUCACGAGUGGUGUACCCAGCGGUUUUUACUCUGAUGUUAUGUGCUACUUUCUGCUACUGCGCGGAUAUUCAUGGUGAUUGUGCUGCCAUUGAGCGGUGAAUAGCGGCAGUUUUUUGUUUGGCUCUCCCAGGAUUAAAGUGACUUUGACAAGUGUUUUCAUUGAAGAGAAAAGUUUUCCCACAGUACGGUAUACACACAUGUUAUUUUGAUGUUGCGAAGUGCAUACUGGUCGUGGCUUUAAAUUCGUAUAUUUGGAUAAUGGUAGUUAUAUGCAGUGAACGUGUCGGCUUUUGAAUAAUCAGCUGUAUACUAGAAAGAUUGCUAGAAAACAAUCCGAAGCCACUCCGCGAAAACUGGAUUAACUGAAAGCAAGCAUGAAACGGUUGUAGAUUGCAAUCAAACAGGUGCAGAUAAAAGUGUGUUUCCUAAAGUUGGUGGUGGCAGCAAAUUGAUAAACGUUGGCAUCCUUCAUUUCGCAGAAACCUCGAAGAAACACACGCUUCAAAAUUUUAACGGAAAACACCAAAACGCCCCCCAGGGCUGUCGCACUGGCGUCUUAUCUGGGGGAAGGCUUCUCGGCAGUCGGUGCUCGAGCACCACCAGCUAAAGAUCUGAUGGCCUUCGGUUCAGUGCUGCAACACAAUCAACACAACAUAGGUCGAGGCGAGCCGCCAUCCGGGGUUGCGGACCCGUGCGCCGGAUGUAACAAGCCAAUCCUAGACAAAUUCCUGCUGAACGUGCUGGAGCGGGGCUGGCAUGCGGCGUGUGUUCGAUGUUGUGAGUGUCACCAGCCCCUGUCCGAUAAGUGCUUCAGUCGAGAAUCGAAGCUCUACUGUAGGAAUGACUUUUUUAGACGAUAUGGUACAAAGUGCAGUGGUUGUGGUCAAGGCAUUGCGCCAUCGGAUCUAGUGAGAAAACCGCGUGAUAAAGUGUUUCAUUUGAAUUGUUUUACGUGUUGUAUCUGUAGAAAACAGUUGAGUACCGGUGAACAGUUGUACGUUUUGGAUGACAAUAAAUUUAUCUGUAAAGAUGACUAUCUGCUUGGCAAAGGACCUCAUCCAUCAUCUAUGACAGAUUCCCUGAUGGGUUCGGGAUCGGAAGAUGAAGAUGAGGAUGAACACAUAAGGCCUGGCUUAGGAUUAGGACCGCUCGGACCAAGUGAUGGACCCCUCGGAGCGUCGGACCUGUCGGUGCAAAGUAUGAGUACGGAUAGUAAGACAGGUCAUGACGAUAGUGAUCAGGGUUCGUUGGACGGUGAUCCGGAGUGUCGGGGGGACUCGCAGGCCGAGAACAAAAGCCCUGAUGAUGGUGGAGGCUCGAAACGGAGGGGUCCGCGAACGACAAUUAAGGCCAAACAGUUAGAAGUGCUAAAAACUGCAUUUAGUCAAACGCCCAAACCAACGCGACACAUCAGGGAACAGUUAGCCAAGGAAACCGGACUGCCGAUGCGAGUGAUACAGGUUUGGUUUCAAAACAAACGCUCGAAAGAACGAAGGUUAAAGCAACUCACCAGUAUGGGUCGGGGGCCCUUCUUUGGUGGUGCCAGAAAAAUGCGUGGCUUUCCGAUGAAUCUUUCUCCUGGUGGACUGGACGAGCCCGGAUUUCCGUACUUUGCUACCGACGGUAAAUUCGACUUUGGUUAUGGUGGUCCACCGUUUCAUCCGCACGAUGCACCAUUCUUUCCCGGUCAUCCUGGCGCGGGACCAAUGCCUUUUAACGCUCCGGGAGGACCAAUGGACCACUCCGGACCGAUCCCCAUGGUGAACGAUUUCGGCGGUAUGACACCGGAUACCAACUUUCUCGGCCAGCCGAAUGGUCCACCGGGAAACGCCGGAGCCGGGGGUGCACCUGAAAACAUGAUCGGUGGCCCUCGGCCCGGUAGCCCUGAAUUCAUGACCUCCGGCAACUUCUCCGAACCUCAGAAUAUACAAAACGAAGGACUAGUUUGGUAAAAAUUACUGAAUUUUUUUAGCAUUGUUAAGUGAUAGUUAAUUUUUAAGUAAUUUAUUUGUUUUUGUUAACUAUUUCCUAAUGGGUCUGGAGUGAGACAAGAAGAAGAAGAAACAGAUUUAUUAUGUUUAAAUUUUUUCGCAGACCUCUGCAUUUAAACGAAUUGUGUACAUAUAGUUACAAGUGAACCCUCAUAUCACAACUACAAAUAUUGUUUGUUCUUUUUUGGGUUUGUUUUCUGAUUUUUGAUGCUUUGCUUGGAGCAUAAAAUCGAUCGCGCAAAACAAGCUGGCGUCAGAAAGUAUUUUUACAUAUUUUAAGCGAAGGAGUCGGUUCUCCUCUGCUCUGUGUUCAGCGUUUGUUUAGUUGUUUUCGGUCGUAAAAUUAAACUUCACUUCGACAUUGUUUGCAUAACACAUCACGUAAAAUGCUAAAAAAUUAACAAAACGAGACUAAAAAUAUCAAACAAAUGCAAAUAAUGGUCUUGCCAACACGGUAGGACUGGAAAUGUCGCUUCGUUCCGCGGUAUGACGAUGACAUCAUGAAACUGAAGCAGCUACCGGUUUUAAUUGAUUGGUAGGUUUGUUUUUUGUACUUUGCAAACUAAUAAUCCAAUGCAUCCGAAAAUGCUCACUGCUCGAGGAAAACCGAACUAUAAUAUCGUUUCUGUGCAAUGAUAUGCCGUGUUCAAAAUUUAUGUAUUUUCCUGACUAUUUUGAUAUUAGAAUACAAAAAUCGAAUAUAAAUAUCAAACGUAAUAAUCACUCGAAAACGUCAAGUAUGAACCUUCAGUAUAAAAAGCGGUAAAAAUAAAUAGUUUAUUCACAGGAAAAUCCGUAUAACGUUACAUUCAAGAUUAAAAGUCAGAUGAAGCAAAGUGCUUUAUAAGAACCGGAUACAUAUAUUGUUUUGCGGUUUUUAUACUAAAGGUUUUUUAAACUCUUACAUCGGAAAGCUGCUGUCAGAUUUUUAUGCCUGAAGUUUAUAUCCGAAUUUUACAUUCUAAUAUAUUUGAAGAGGGUUUUACAAAGCAUGUUCUGUUUUUGCAACUUUUAUUUUCGGUCGCUCAUAUGGUUUUGGUAAAUGAAAAAUCCACUUUAGCCUGCGCAUGUCAAUGUAUAUUGUUUUUAUCAUCAUGGAAACAAGAGCCAUAGUUUCAAAUCCCUUGCCAAAUCAUCGACCGUCAGAUACAUUGAUUUACGUUAAUGGAAGUGAUGGAUCGUUUGUGCCGGGAAGCUGCUCAAAGCCUAUUUGCUGGCUUCUCGAAGAAACCGUCGAAUGGGGUACAAGUAACGCAGCAGGUAUUUUGAUUCAAAUUUUACCUCAUCAUGCACAUUUUCGAAUUCGUCACAUGUUUACUGUUGUUAAUUGUUAAAAAAUGGAGCAAAGUUCAACGUCUGCUUAAAGCUUACAAAAGCAAGUCUUCAAAUAUCUCUUAGUUUCGUGCAAUUUCCGUAUUCUUGUACGAUAAAAAGCAUUCUUUCGAUGUUAUGUAUAGUGGGAUCUUCUAUUGAACAUUUUCUAAGAUUUUCUGCCAAUAUGGAUCGUUACCUAAAGAACAAGUUCUUUUGAAAUUUUUAUGACUUAUCAUUUUGGAUCUAUAGCGCAAUAGCAUAGUUCAAUGGUCACAAUGCUAUUGUUCUAUUUGCGGUUGAUUUAACAUAGACUUUUAACCUGUUGUCAAGAUUUAUCACCGAACGCAGAGCUCAAUACAGUGAAGACCCGAUUUUAUCAGCCCCCGAUUUUGUCUACCUCUGAAUUUAUCAGCGUUUUUGACCCGAUUUUGUCAGCCUCACAUGAAACUUGAUGGUUGGAAGUUUGACGGGCUCUAGCAAACUAACCAAGUUGAUUUCGAGUAAAGGCUUGAGCAUAUUUUUCUUAUCUUAGAGAUCCGAAAUAUGCAAAAAUAAUUUUUUUUUUCGAUUUUGCGCCGUCAGACCCCUUUAAGGGAAAUUUAAACUAAAUAAUCAGAAAGGGUUAUGAGACUAUAUCUAGGGGCUAAAGAAGCAUAUUUUAAGAGCUUCGGUUUAUUAAAAACGAAAGAAAAAUGUAUGUCCCGAUGUCAUUGUCCCUGUUUUACCAGCCUAAAAUUCACCAAGGCUGCUAAAAACGGGUCUUCACUAUAUGUCAUAAAAGCAAAUAAAUCUCAAUUCACUUGCUCACUUUGGAUGCUGCAACUGGCAACUGGCAAUCCACCUAUCAGUAUUAUUGAUCUAAAUCGACGUGAAUAUAGGUUGUACAGAUUUUAUAAACUAGACCAAACCCAAGUGAGCAGCUCAUCGAUGUUGUAUCAGCGAAACUUUUUUAUAUUUAAGCCACUUGUUAUUUUCUCGUAUUGCUUUAAGACAUGCCUGGAAUUUCUUUAACUAUUUUUUAAAGUUUAAAAAAAAACAUCUAAAGCUCAAAGUGAAAUGAAAAGUUCCAAUGCAAUAAGUUUACACACGAUAGGAGAAAGACAGGCAAAAAAGUACCAACAUAACAUAGCGCAAUCAUCCACCUACCAAACUCCUCAUAGCAUUAUCAAAAAAGAUAUUAUUCGUUCAAUGCUCUACGGAAGUUUUUAACAAGUUAAAUUUCUUUAGGUUCGUACGAAUGAACAAUUUGUAAAUAGCAUUUUAACGUUGCGCCUUUUUACACGCAUGUAAGGAAAUCUUUAGCUUAGGAAGCGGACCGAAUCCCAAAAAAAAGAUUAGCAAAACAGUGAGAAUGAAUCAGAUAAUCUCGAAGCCGAUAUGAAUGGGGAGCGCAAUGCGGAUGGACGAACAAGAAAAUAGAUAAAUUUUAGAUAAAUCUCAAGCGAAUUAGUAUCGAUACAUGAUAAAACAAAUAAUAACCCAGAAAUUGUAUAGAAGAAAAUCGAUGGGAUGAACGCAAAAUCGUUGAAACAGAAAACCUGUUCUCCCUUUGUAUUCUUUUUGGUUUAUUUCGUUACUGGAGGAUAAAAAUCACUAUCGAAUAUGUGGACAAGCGAAACUAACUAAUGUUGAGAAGAACAGGCAAGAUGUACUCGUAAGUGUAAUAUACUGCAAAAAGGUUGUAAAUAAGUGUCGGAAAAGGAGUUAAGAAUAAGUGGGAACUUGGAGAGGAAUGAACAUUGCUAAAGUAUUUAAAUGUCGAGCAGUGGAAAACAAUAAACAGUGGUAAGCAUAUAAGAAAGGAAAGAACAUUGUGUUAAUAUUUAUAGGAAAAAAUAUGGAAAAUAAUAAAAGGAUUAAAAUUAA